CUUGACUCUGACGUACCUACAUCGUCUCCAGCUGCCUGUGUCGCUUCCUGGGUUUCUACCCUCUUGAAUAUCUCACUCCUUUCCCCCUCCUCCCAAACUGUUUUCACACGCUGAAAAUAUUGAUGUCAGGAUGGCAACGAAAGCCGCAUACAAGAGGGUGAGCAGACUACCCAAAGUACAGUAUUCUUUCCCUAUUGACAUUUGAACAGCUCACUAGAGAGUACCAAAAUAUUGUGAAAAAUCCCCCGCCGUUUAUUGUGGCACAUCCCUCCGAAUCAGAUAUUCUAGAGUGGCAUUACAUCCUUACUGGCCCUCCAGGCACUCCUUAUGAAAAUGGACAAUAUUGGGGCACACUGAUAUUUCCACCGGAAUACCCCUUCGCCCCCCCAGCAAUUCGCAUGCACACCCCAAGCGGUCGAUUCCAGCCAUCUACUCGACUCUGUCUCAGCAUCAGCGACUUCCACCCAAAAUCCUUCAACCCAGCCUGGGAAGUCUCGACCAUAUUGAUCGGUCUAUUAUCUUUCAUGACCAGCGAUGAAAUGACUACCGGUAGCGUCAGUUCCACUGAAGCCAAGCGCAGAGUGUAUGCAGCACAGUCGAGAUGGUGGAAUUCCACUGGUGGCGGCUCCUAUUCCAAUCUUUCGCCGGGAGUGACUCCAACAACUAAGGGUAUCAACAACAUUAAGGCGGGGGAUGGGGGUCUGAAGUUUCGCACUGAAUGGCCAGAAUUGGAUCAGGAGAAUUGGAAAUGGAUGAAAGACAACAAUAUUGACCCGGCGACUGGGCAGAUAUUGCCGAAGUCGAAGCCCAAAGGGACACAAUGCUCACCAGAGACUAUGGCACUACGCAAACGUCCGACCACGAGCGCUUCGGGGCUAGGUGCGGUCGUGGAAGGGGGCCAGGCUGUACAAGCAGGAGAAAGCUGGAUUAGACGGCAUAAAAUAUGGGUUUGCGUGGCCGUUUUAUUUGGAUAUGCCUUCCUGACACGACUGAUCAACGAUGUUCAAGGUUGAGCGUGGACCGCCCUUCUAUGGUAUGGGAAGAGCUAUUUGUUCUUGGGGGACGAGGUUUUCUCUCUACGGUUUGAAGCUCUUUAAUCAUUUUUGUCAUUUGCUCUUCUCUUCUUGCACCUUCACUGGGCCUUACCAUUUUUUUUUUUACUUUUUCAGCACGUUUCGUCGGGUUUAGCAAGAUUUGGUGAUAAGGCGUCUAUGAGAAAUGGCGUUGAGAGGUCCAACUGGCCCUAAAACCUUAGCGAUUGCAGAUAGAUAUAGCAGGGCUAUUUACACAGCAACAGGUAACUGUUAAGAAGAAUCCUUAGAGCGUUGCAGUACGUCAGUACCCGUCCGAAGCCGCUAGUCACAUGAUU